UUCACAGAAUCGAAUAAUUACCAAGAAGAAGCAAAGUGUGGAGUGGAGUGGAGAGUGUUGGAGGAGGGCAUCCCCGUGUGACCAACCAUGGGGCCUGCACAAAUACAAAGCAACAGACACCCACACCCUGAUGAAUAAAAUUCUUAUGUCUAUAAGAAAAUGUGCAGUUGCCCCCAAACUUCCAAGACAACCUUACAUAUAUAACUCUUUUUAUAUAGAUCUGCUUUCACAUUACAAAACACUAAAGAGUUUGUAUCCAACGCUCAUGAUCACUGAGGUUCUACGCUCACAUUGCUGCAGUUUGAAUCCUAAAGCUAAAAGCUCACUAAAGCUAAGGUCUCUCUCUCUCUCUCUCUCCCUCAUGCUAAUCUAUGUAGCCUAUUAGACUUUCUUGAAAACAUUGGAUUUAAACAAAGAAACAAAAAAUCCCACAUGUAAACAAUGCAAAUACAUACACAAACAUGAUGUUCAAAGCCUCAUACUAAAAUAUUUCUGAAGCAAACCCCAAUUGGUAAAAUGAAUGAUCUUGAUCUGCACAGUGGAAUUACUCUACAACACGAAAAGAUCACCCAUAUCAAAGCUUAAAAUUACCACAGUAUACAGAAGGCAUGAACAGCUUUCUAAGAUAGCAAUCAUACCCAGGAGUUUUAUUUUUAUUUGCUUUUUGUUAUCCAUUUUUGACCAAGGUUUCAGCCCUUCUAACACAUUUGCCCUUUCUUUUCAGCUUCUACUCUAUGAAAUACAAACAUUUUUAAAAUGAUCUGUGGAGUGAAGAUCAUUUUUCUUAUGGCUGCUACUUUCUCCCUGAAUUUCGAGCUCUGUUUUUGUAUGUGUGCCCAAGCUGAGUAUGAAAUAAAUGGAGAAUGCUGUCCCAUGUGUUCAUCUGGGAACCAUGUUUACAGACACUGCACUGAGGACAAGAGCACUGCCUGUGUUCCAUGCCAUCAUUCAGCUUUCAUUGAUGCACCAAACGGACUCAUAGACUGCUUUAGCUGUACAGUGUGUGAUCCUGGUCAGGGUUUAAGAGUAAAGACUCCCUGCACUCGAUCAUCAGACACAGUCUGUGAGCCACUAGAUGGAUAUUACUGUACUGAUCAGCACAGAGGCGGCUGUAUACUAGCACAGAAACACACAAACUGCAGCCCUGGACAAUAUAUAAAGCAUAAAGGAACAGCAUUUAAAGAUACCGAAUGUGCUGAAUGCUCAGAUGGAACCUUCUCAAAUGGUUCUCUUCUCUUCUGCCAACAACAUUCAAAAUGUGAAGAGCUGGGACUUAUAGAAAUAAAGGCAGGAACGCUUUCUUCUGAUGCUGAAUGUGGAACCAAAACUCCAGCUGGUCUGAUUGUUGGAAUUAUUAGUUUUGUUGUCAUAGUUGUGGCUGGAGGAGUUCCAGUUAUUGUUUGUCUAAAAUUAACAGGAAGACUGUCCAAUGUGCAGGAAGCCUCAUCGACCACUAAAUAGAAUUUGGGGAGAAGAAGAUGAACUCAAAUGAAUCUCCAGCCAGAUUGUGAGCACAGUAACUUGAAAGUUUACAUUAUAGGUCAUUUUACUAAAUUUGAAAAUAAAUACAUGUAUAUUUAUGCAAAAUAUUGAGGUACUGCCUAAUAAAAGGACAUAAUUCAAGUAA